UCCACUUUUGAGCUAAUGUGCAUAUGUUGUGAUUUCAUCUUCAGGGACCCUGAAAUCUGGCGUUUAGCCUGCUUGAAAGUGUGGGGUAGGAGCUGUAUGAAACUUGUUCCGUACACCUCCUGGAGGGAAAUGUUUUUAGAGCGGCCCCGUGUCCGUUUUGAUGGGGUGUAUAUCAGCAAAACAACUUAUAUCCGCCAAGGAGAACAGUCUCUUGAUGGUUUUUACAGGGCAUGGCACCAAGUGGAAUAUUACAGAUAUAUGAGAUUCUUCCCCGACGGCCAAGUACUGAUGCUGACGACACCCGAGGAGCCUCAGUCCAUCGUUCCUCGUUUGCGAAGUAGGAAUACCAGAACUGAUGCAAUCCUGCUUGGUCAUUACCGCCUGUCCCAGGACACAGACAAUCAAACCAAAGUAUAUGCUGUGAUCACCAAGAAGAAAGAAGAAAAACCGCUGGAUUACAAGUAUCGAUUUUUUCGCCGUGUUCCCGUGCAAGAAACAGAUCACAGUUUUCACGUUGGGCUCCAGUUGUGUUCCAGUGGCCGCCAGAGAUUCAACAAACUGGUCUGGAUACAUCAUUCGUGCCACAUUACGUACAAGUCUACAGGGGAGAUUGCAGUCACCGCGUUUGAAAUCGACAAGAUGUACACCCCGUUAUUCUUUGCCCGAGUGAAGAGUUUUACUGCAUUCUCAGAAAAGCCUCUGUAAAGAAAGCUACAUCUCUCCUCGUCUAAUUCCUGCAUGAAUACAAAAAAAGCAGCGUUUAGAGUAAAAGAGCACUUAAGUUAUAAAUGUGUACAGAUUUUGAACUUGUUUUGAUUGUCGGCGUUUCUUUUGAGACAUAUGUAAACUGGUAAUCUUUUCUUUUUGAUCUGGGGGGGGGAUUCAUUUGAGGGGAGUCUUGUUUUGAGAACAAGGUGACCCCUUGUUGUAAACCCAUUUUGGCUGUGGAGUUUUGCCUGUUUUAAUCAUGCCACUUUUGCAAGGACAUUUGCAAGCAUCUCCCCAGAAUGCAAACCUGUAUCUGCCUGUUUCCACAUUAUUUACGUGAGUCAGGGAAGAGCCGCCAUGGAAAGCCAUUUUGCUGUUUGUAGUGACUUAGUGUACGUGCUUCUCAGGCUCAAAUUGUGAAUCUCCGCUGAAGACCCUAAAUAAAUGUUUUCUUUCCAGAAAAUCUA